AAGUGCAAGUGCAUUUUUCACUGGCUUGUCCACUGACCACACAUGAACCACAUGAGUGCAGCUUUAAACAGUGAAAAUCUAUACAUCUUGACAUGUUCCAAGGCCCCUGUUCAGCCUUUAACCCCUUGAAUCACUCACAUUUGAGCUCAGUCAGCAUCUCGCCACAGUUUUUCAUGUUGUGUAUGUUUCUCUUCUAGGUAACCACAGAUUCUACAACUUACUCCAAAUGCCACCAGUACUACUAUUAAACCUUGACCUGUGUAACCCUUUGGAAAGAAGAAAUUUCAUGGAGAAAUUCAGCAAAACCAGACACCAGUUUGAAGUCAUUCUAUUUAUCUGUGAGACAGUGGUUGAAAUUGAGAGACAUGGUCAGUUUUAACCUUAAUUUGUCACUACAGAGAAGCCCUCUCCAUCAAAGAGGGCAUGCUGUUUGAUGACACAAAAAAUAUUGAUCACCUGAGACCAGGAAGACUGAUGGCUGAAGUUACAACAAGAGAGAAGUGUGUAUAAAAACAUGUAGGUCACUGUGUUGUUUGCAAUACAUAACAGAAUUAUAGCUUUUGACAGACCAGUUUUAUCUUCUAAGAGGCAGGGAUUUGGUUAUUGCUCUUGCAUUUCUUUUACUCUGCGUGCCCUUCCUAACCACAACUUAACCUUCUGCCUCAAACUAUGGCGUCACAUUGCUUUCUAUAAAGCCACACUUACUGCAAAGAAAACAAACUUAUCUGAACAUGAGCUGAUUCUGUUAAUUCCAAAAAGCCAUAUGAAAGCAAAAUAAAUUGAAAUGUUGGUGUUGUGAAACCUUCAGCUUUUCUUGUAUGAACUGACUUGACUGCUCAAUAUGGCUGACACAAAUUACUGGGUGGUGGACUAUGAGUUCUCGUCUCCAGCUCCAUUCCCCCGGGGUGGCUCUGAUGUGGACUUGCUGGAAGGUCAUGGGGAGCAGGGCACAGCCUUCUGCCUGGUGGGCCUCUUGGUGCUUCUGCUGCUGUUUCUUAUGGUGAGAUGUGUCCGAAUCCUCUUGGACCCCUACAGCAGCAUGCCCGCCUCAUCAUGGACCGAUCACAAGGAGGGCCUGGACAGAGGACAGUUUGACUAUGCUCUGGUUUAAUCUCAUGAUAAGAACAAAGAACAAAUGAAGCCAAAGGUUGUGACUAUAAUGGUCCACACUCUUGUUUCACAAAUCCAAGCUGCCAGUGCUGCUAAAAAGAGAUUCUGUUUAGUAGAUUUAAUACAUUUCACAAGUUUAGAGAUUUAAAAGUUGCAAUUUCCAUUUUUUUAAUCAAGACUGUUUAACUUUAUAAUGCAAUGUUUUACAAAAUGUUGUA